AUGGCCGCCCCAGAGCAGCGUUUGACGCUCCAGUCGACCGUCGAGAUUCCCCACUCCAGGGGGACAAUCCUACGACCACGUAUUGGAUUCGGGGUGUACCAAUCUCCCCCGGACAUCUGCAAAAAAUCGUGCUUAGAGGCACUACGCUGCGGAUAUCGCGCCAUCGACACAGCGCAGUUCUAUGAGAACGAAAAAGAAGUCGGAGAAGCCGUGCGCGAGUCGGGCAUUCUUCGGAGCGAGGUGUUCAUCACGACAAAGCUGCUGCUGCCGGAAGGAAGUGUGGAGAAGACACUCGAGAGAUGUUGGCGAAGCGUUCGCGAGAUCGGUCUGGGAUAUGUCGAUCUCUUCUUGAUACAUACUCCCAGCAGUGGACCCGAGGGACGUCGGGAGAUGUGGCUGGCCCUGGAGAAUCUGCUCGAAGAGGGUGGCACGAGGGCUAUCGGCGUGAGCAAUUACGGGGUCAAACACCUCGAGGAGAUGAAGAGUUAUGCGACAUUCCCGCCUGUUGCGAAUCAAAUCGAGUGCCACGUUCUGUGCCAACAGCGGCCGAUUGUGGAGUACUGCCGGAAGAAUGCGAUCCAGGUGGAAGCAUACUGUCCUCUGGUCCGCGGCACUCUCAUGAAGAACCCCACCAUCCUCGGCAUCGCCGCCCGGCACUCAACGGCUACUCCGAGCCAGAUACUCAUUCGCUGGUGUCUGCAACACGGGUUCAUCCCUUUGCCGAAGAGCGACAAUCCUCAACGCAUCCGAGAGAAUGCGGGGGCGUAUUCCUUCGAGCUCGAUGCGUCAGACAUGAAGUUGCUGGAUUCGAUGGACUUGGGAGUCGACGGUGCUCUCGUGCCCCAAAACACCGACUGUCCAUAG